GGAGUUGAUCCAAAUCAGAUGAAUCAUGAUGGGCUGACAGCACUACAUCAAGCAUGCAUUGAUGGGUCACUUGAGAUGGUAAACCUACUCCUGAAAGCGGGUGCUAAUGUUAAUAUAGUUGACAGGGACUUAUGGACACCUCUCCAUGCUGCUGCUACUUGUGGACAUUUCAAAAUUGUGACAACACUUAUCAGAGCUGGUGCAAAUCUGAUAGCUAUCAAUGGUGAUGGAGACCUACCAUACGACAUAACAGAAGAUGAGGUGACUCAACAUUACCUAGAGAAUGAAAUGACCAAAAGAGGUAUCACCCAGGAGUUCAUCAAUCUGGCUCGCCAGGCUUCCCAUGAUAAAAUGAAGGAUGACAUAGAAUAUCUCAUUGAGAAUGAUGGUGAUAUCAACCAGCCUCUGGAUCAAGGGGGUACACUGCUACAUAUAGCCAUAGCAAAUUGUUUUACUGAUUUAAUGGAAAUUUUGCUUGAAAAUGGGGCAGAUGUUACAGCACGUGAUGAAGAUGGCUGGGAACCUAUACACGUAGCAGCUUACUGGUGCAAUGAAAAUGCAAUGGAAGCUUUGGCUGAAAAAGGGGCAAAUCUACGGUCUCUGACUGAUAAUGGAGAAGUGCCCUAUGAUCUUUGUGAUGAUCCAAAUUUGAAGAUUCACUUCCUUCAUAUGAUCAAUGAAAGACCAGAAUAUAAAUUUAAAGGAGAUACAGAGGAUGAUGUACCUCUGAAGGAGGACACAAAUGAAACCUUAUAUGGAGAAAAUGAUAUAAAAAUAGAAGAUGCUGUCCAAGAGUCACAGCAAAAGAACGAAGGUCUUUAUUCUGAACAUUUUAUAACAGAGCCAGAGGACACUGCUGGAAAGAGAUCUUCUGAAGAAGUGCCUUUAAAUCCCUUGCUAAAUCUCCAAGCAACAGAACUAUCUGAGCGCAGAAAUUCAGUCAAGGAGGCCAAACAUAGGGCACCACUGAAGAGAAUGAACAGCAUUGAGAUUGGCAACAUGGGAAAAAUUUCGCCCUAUGCAACUAAAACUGGAUUAGAAAUUUCUGACCAUGAUAAGGACAUCAUACAUGGUGAAAAGACACUAGAAAGAAACAGUCGUUAUCAAAAUUCAACCCUUGGGGCACAAAACACUGAAGAUCAAAAUACCAUAAAGGAGAUUUUGGAUCAAAAACUUACGAACAAAAAAUCACUUGAAAAUUCUCAGUCUGACAAAGAAAAUGCCAUUCCAAGCCAAGAUAACAACAUUAGUCCAGUACUCAGCAAGAACAUAAAUGAAGCUUCAGAGACAACACAAUCAGCCAACUCCCAGGAGGAGAGUGACCAGCCUGCUGCAUCCACAAAGCUCAUCCACAUUCCCCGCAAGAAAAAGCCAGCACCUCCUCCUCCCCAGGGAUCACUGCUGUAUCUGAAGAGGCAACGGCAAGAAGCUCGUGAACUUCAGCUUGGGAUGCUGAAUGAGAGAAAUGUAAUUUUGCCUCCCACAACGCAGGGCUCUCAUGCUUCUUACAUCUAUAACCCACCUCCGAGCCCAACGAUGAUACGUUACCAUUACAAAAUGACUUUGGAUGAGGUCACCCAUGUUGAUUUCAUAAAAGAGAAAAAAUGCUCUAUCAUAGGAUCGAGUGCUCCUUACGGCGGCGGAAGAGGUUCUUGGACCGCAACUACAGCGGGCCAGUCGCAGGUAAGGCAGCUCACGCCUACUUUCACGUUUGUUUGGUGGUUUGAUCGUACAUGUAGAUCAAAGCCCAGUUCAAGAAGAAGAAUGGCCGACGUGAUGAGACUCCCAGAACAGGUCUCUGCUCAGGCCUAUAUGAUGAACUUGAUGGUGGAUGGAGAUGACGAUGAAGAUGUCCGCCUCCACUUGGCAGCAGUUUGUGAUGAUGGCGAAGGUAUGAGAAAAAUUCUAAGCGAACCUGAGUCUCUCCAGUGGAUCAACCAUAGAGUGCGACCAUACCUGGCACCCCCUCUUCGAUUAGCUGUGUCAGGAGGAAGUGUGGAGUGUGCAAAAGUUCUAAUAGAAGCUGGAGCAGAUAUUGAACUAGAAGAUGUUAAGGGACAGACUCCACUUUUUGUUGCAACUUCUACAAGAAAAACAGAAUUAAUGAAGGUGUUGCUUGAAUCUGGUGCUAAUCCUGAAGGAAGCAAGAAGAAUCGUUGCUCUCCCCUGUUAGUUGCUGUUCGUGAUGGAUUCUCAGAGGGUGUCAAGUUGCUCUUGAAAUACGGGGCUGACCCAGAACCCUUUGACCAGAUCCUGACCUGUGUGCCAGGCUGGCCUCUGCAGCAUGCCAUUGUCUAUGCUCACUUCUCCUGUUUCUUGGAAUUGGUCAAAGGAGGAUGUGUGGCCAACCUUAGAGACCUGCCCUAUGAGGUCAAUUCCAGCAUUGUUUCACGGCUUUCCAUUCCACACGCAAUCCUCAAGUAUGCCAGGGACUACCCUGAGUUCGUUAUACUGUAUCAUGAGAUUGGAGGUAAUCUCUGGCAGUUAAAUAAUAAGGGAUUAUCUCCAUUAGAAGAAUUUCCUGAAAGCUCUCCUGCAAAGCAGUCAAUAACCUCUCUUUUAGGUUCUACUAGAAGCUUAAAAUCAAUUUGUCGACACAAGAUACGACAACAGUUUCACAGAAGAAACCUUGACAAAUUGACGUCUUUAGAUCUUCCCUCUUGCCUUAUUCCAUAUCUUAGUUUUGAGGAAUUCACAAAAUAUUCAAAAAGGACUGAGGAGAAUACACACACUAAAGUUGUCAAAAAGGAAGAAUGAAACAAAUGGCAGUCAGUGACAAAGACCACAAAUAGAGGCGUUGCAACAAAAUACUGAUUACUUACUGAAUGUCAGAAGCAUUGGAAGCUGUUGAAAAAUGUGAGUGGGUCAAGUGUGCAUGGUAUUGGAUUUUCUACUUACUUUAAAGUCAGUUUUAUGUUUGUGUUACUUUUGUUAUUUAUUAUUUUCAAUUCUACUCUAUGUUUUGUUGUGAAUACUUUUAUCUGUUUUUGAUGUUUAGGUAUCUUUAAUAUCUAUAUUUAUCUGGUACAAUCCAAAUAUCUUAAGAUGUGUCUUGAACUGACAACUUUGAAGUUUUUAAAACUACAAAUAUGUAGAAUUACUUAGUGCUUGCUGUUAUACCGAAGCACUCCUGUGAAGUUAAAGUGAACUGUUCUUUUAGAGUUAUUGUUAAUAUGGACAUGAGCAUCAUGUUUGUAUAUUUUUAGGUAAUAUGUGAGUAUUUAUUAAUAUAUUUACUUUCUUAUUUAUUUAUUUAUUUAUUUAUUUACUGUUCAUUGCCAUGAGGGUCUAAUUAUCAGAUCUUUUAAUUGUUAAGUAAAUCAUAUUCUUAUUGGAUGACUGAGGAAAUGUAAAGAAUGUUUGUAUGUGUAAUAUAGAUCUGUAAAGAAAAUUAUCUCAACAGUAAGGUUAUCUGUGUGAUAUCUAAUGCAGAAUGUGUAUGUCUUAUUUAUUGUCAGUGGUUGAUUUAUGAAUGUUAGUAAGAUAUGAAUACAUAGCCUAAGUAUAAUAUUCUUAAACUCUGCUGGUCAGUGUAAUGUUUUACAUACAAAUGUUUUAUAAAUCUAGUCAUAUAAAGGAUUUGAUAUUCAUUGGAUAUGAGAAACAGUAGUUUUUCAAUUGUAAUUAAUUAUGAAAUAAGUUCUUUUUUCUACAAAGACUUUUCAAGUCUGAUAAGUACAAUCAAGUGAUUGUAUGAUUCAGGUUUCUGACACUAAUGAAUUGGGUAGACUCUAACCAUUACUGAUAGAUUUUUUUAUAUAAAAUUAGAGGCCUUAUUAUCAAAAUGUCACAAUUGUAAAAAUGUUUAUUUUUAUUAACUUUUUAAAAAAGCAUACAAACUUCUAGUAAAACUGAAUGCCGUGUUUUGCUACUGCAUAGGCAAUAUAGUCAUGGAAAGAUCACUCAGGGAAGAAAGACCAUAGGGACAUGUAUGCAUCGACAAAUUUCUGUUACCUAGUCCUAGCUUGUAUGACCAUUAUCAGUUUUAGUGUAUGGUCUGAGUCUACUUUUGAAAACAAAUAUUUUGUAAUUUUUCAAAUAAACAAUAUAUAGGAAA